UGCGUAGUAGUUAUCUUGAUAAGAAUUAAGAAUUCAAUUGCCAUUUGCCAUAAAUAUCCGUAGUUGUUAAAGGUUAUUUAUUGAGUUUAUUCUUUUUAUUUUCUACUUAGUAGUUGACUAGACCAGACCGCUUACCGGUACAGACCUAGUACUUGUAUUAUAUAUACCUCUUCACUAAAAAGUUGUUUAAUGACUCAAAGAAACUGUAUAAAUAAAACUACACAAGUAAAAUAUUAUGCCGCAUUUAAAAAGAUGCACACAUUUAUUUUUAAAGUAUAAUCCUAUUUCAUUACUUGGAGUUAAAAGAUCUAAAUGUAGUCUGGGAUUGUGGGACCAAGACUUAACAACUGAAAUAAAACUGAAUAUUGAAAAUCAUUGGGCGAAAGAGGUUUUACAUAAAAAUGAUUGUGAAAACAAGAAACAAUAUUAUGUUCUCCCUAUGUUUCCUUACCCUUCGGGCAAUUUACACAUGGGCCAUGUCAGAGUGUACUCAAUUUCAGAUACAAUAGCAAGAUUUCAGAAACUGAAUGGAAAAAAUGUUAUUCAUCCAAUUGGAUGGGAUGCCUUUGGAUUACCAGCUGAGAAUGCAGCCAUUGAACAUAAAAUUUUACCACAUAUAUGGACAGAAACCAAUAUAUCAACAAUGAAAAGACAACUGUUGCAGUUAGGAUUUAACUUUAAUUGGGAGAAGGAGAUUAGCACUUGUGAUCCAAAAUAUUACAAAUGGACACAGUAUAUAUUUUUAAAAUUAUUUGAAAGUGGACUUGCAUACCAAAAUAAGGCACAAGUAAACUGGGAUCCAGUAGAUGAGACAGUUUUGGCAGAUGAACAGGUAGAUGAAAGUGGUUGUUCAUGGAGAUCUGGUGCUAAAGUAGAAAAAAAGACCCUUACCCAAUGGUAUAUCAAAACAACGAAAUAUGCAAAAAAGUUAUAUGAAGGCUUAAAUAAUAAAAAUUUAGAAAAUUGGAAAGACAUAAUAAACUUGCAAAAGCACUGGAUUGGUGAAUGCAAUGGUAUUGUUGUAAGUUUUACUAUAAAGCUGGGCCAUACAAAAAAGUCAUUAAAUGUUUGGUCUCAAGAUCCAUAUAAACUCAUACAUGGCCAAUUUUUGACUAUUAGUUCUAGUAAUGUGUUAAUACAAGAACUAUCUCCAUCUGAAAUAAAUAACCUGAAAUGUUAUAAUCCAAUAACAGGGAAAGAGAUAAAUAUUUAUGUCUCAGACAAUGUAAACUAUCCUGAAGGCAGAGAGAUAUAUAUUGCUUGUCCAUCCACUGAUCCAGAAGAUAACAAGCUGUCACAGAUGUUAAACAUUGGUUUCUCAAAUGAAAGUUCCAAUAUAGAUAUAAUUGCAGAAAAUAAUAGAGCUAUUGAAAUAGCCCUAAAAAAUUGUGGUGGUUACUUUGUAAGUUCCAAACUAAAGGACUGGCUUAUAUCUAGGCAAAGAUUUUGGGGUACACCAAUACCAAUUAUUCAUUGUCCUAGCUGUGGUACAGUACCAGUACCAUAUGAAGACCUACCGGUUUUACUACCAAUAAAAUAUUCCUCUGAAACAAAAAUUUCAACUUUGUCCAGCUUGAAAUCCUGGUUAAGUUGUAAGUGUCCCAAAUGUUUGGGCGAUGCCCAAAGAGAAUCAGAUACCAUGGACACAUUUGUUGACUCAUCCUGGUAUUAUUAUCGUUUUCUGGAUCAUGCAAAUGAUAAAAUGCCAUUUGACAAAGAAAAAUUGGUGGGAAUCACUCCGGUAAAUUGUUAUAUUGGAGGUAAAGAACAUGCAGUAUUACAUUUAUACUAUGCACGCUUUAUGAGCUACUUUUUACAUUCUCAAGGAUUGACACCUAUGGAAGAACCUUUUAAAAAAUUAUUGGUUCAAGGGUUAGUUAUGGGAAAAUCUUAUAAGGUUAAAUCUACUGGGAAAUAUUUACCCCCAGAAGAUGUUGAAAAAGUUGGUGAAGAAUAUAUUGUAAAAGACACAGGAGAGCCGGUAUUAGUGCAAUGGGAAAAAAUGAGUAAAUCUAAAUAUAAUGGAGAAAAUCCUCAAAGAUUGCUGUCAACGUAUGGAUGUGACACAACGCGUCUUUUAAUACUCGCUGAUGUACCACCACCUACAAGUAGGAAAUGGUCCGAUGAUACUUUGCCUGGAGUUUUAAAUUGGCAGCGUAGAUUAUGGCUUACUGUUAAAGAUUACUUAAAGUACAGAACGGAUGAUACAGCCAGAAAUAAUGUUUCUUGUACAGAUUUUGAAGAUCUGAAAUUAAAGUUGUGGAAUUCAAGAAACUAUUUUAUUGCAACUGCAACUUAUCAUUUUAAAUAUACUCAACAACUCAGUGUUGGAAUAUCUCGUUUACAAAGCCUGACAAAUGUACUGCGGAACAACAUACCCUCUGAGGUAAUAAGAAGUAAGGAAUAUGAACAGGCGUUAGCUUCUUUAAUUAUAAUGCUAUCACCUGUGACUCCUCAUUUUUGUUCUGAACUGUGGGCUGGUAUAAAAUCAGCUCCUAGAUUGCCUGAUAACUUAACAUCGUUUGAUUGGAAUAAAGAUGUAUUUGAGCAAAAAUGGCCAGUUGUUGAUCAAAAUUAUCCAUUAUCUUUUCAGUGUAAAGUCGAUGGAGCUGAUAGAUGUGAAUUAAAAAUACCAGCCAUGGAAUUAAAUGAUGUAACUUCCGAAAAGGCCUACGAAAUUAUGCUUAAAGAAAAAACGGUUGCAAAUAGAGUAAAAAAGGGCAUAUUGAAAACAAAAUAUGAAUUAUAUCCAAAUUGUCGUGCCAUAUUGUACAUUUAUACAAAUAGAAAUCUGCAAUCUAAGCAAAAAAAGGAAGAAGAUAAAUUGCUUAGAUCACAAUUGUAAUGUUAUCGGUAAUAUCCAUGGUAUGUUAGUGGUAAAAAAAUUUAUGAGUGAAUUAUUUUUUAUAAAUUACGUUACCAUAAAAGAAAUGAGAAUAAUGUAUAAUUUAGAAAUAGAGAACUGACUUUAAAACAAUAUCUGGCCAAUAAUAUAUUUCAAGACAAUCAUGAUGAAAUCGAUAAUUAUUAUAUUUGAUUUUAAGAGAGUGAUAUUGUAACUAAGUUAACCA